CACUUCAUAUCACAAUGAUAAUGUACGCAUGGCCCUCAACAGAAACAAAAUAAAUAAAAGCUAUUAACAAAUCUGUUUACAGCGAAAUCUUUGACGAAACUAUUUACAAUAACAAUCCUUUGCUGAUUUAUAAACUUAUUUACAGUGUUGUGAUGUAUUCUCUUAGUUUUGCGGAGAAGGCUUGACUUGGCUUCUUUGAUUUCUAGUGGCAAUGCAUUCCACCUUUUAGCUGCUACAAACUUAAAGCUGUUUUUUGCUAAUGUAGUCCGAGCCUUUGGAAGUACUAAGUUAUGGUUUGCUGCAUUUUUAGUGUUCUUGUUAUGUACAUCACUACACUUAACGAACAUAUCUCUGUUCAUUGCCUUAAAGAGCAAAACAAGUUGUAGGUAGAUUAUUCUUUUGUCGAAUGGGACAAUAUUUAGUUCUUUAAAAAGUGGUUUUGAAGGUGCAUCCCAUUUCUUAUCGAGGAUAACCCGCGCACAUCGUUUCUGGAACUUGACCAUAUCGUCGAUGUGUUGCUUUUUGGUCUAGCCCCAGACGAUAGCACCAUAGUCUAAUAUUGGCUGUAUGAGCGAAUGGUAGAACAGGGUUCUUGCUUUAAGUGACAGGAAUUUAUUUGUCCUUUUUAACAAGCCUAGUCGCUUGGAGAUCUUAUUGUGAAUGUAAUUGAGGUGGUUGUCCCAGGUUAAGGAGUUGUCUAAUCUUAUGCCAAGCAGUUUAACUUCAUUGACACAUUCAAGCUGGCCAUUUUCUGUGCUGACUGUCAAAUCCUUUCCUGUCAAUGUGCGCAACUUUGGCUUGCUACAGAUAAGCAUUGAUUUGGUUUUGCUUUGGUUCAAAACCAUUUUGUUUUCAUACGCCCAUCCAUUCACCUUUUUUAGCUCUUCAGUAAGAAUAGACUCAACCUCACUAACGCUACUUCCACUUGCGACUUGUGUUGUAUCAUCUGCAUAUAUCUCGAGUGCGUUGUUGGAGACUUCAAGUGGUAAGUCAUUAAUAAACAGGAUAAACAUUAAGGAACCUAAAAUCGAGCCCUGGGGAACGCCUGCAGUAAUGGGCUUCGAAUCUGAUAGCUGACCACUUAUUGUGACUUUCUGUUUUCGGUCUUCUAGAUAAGACUUGAACCAAUCUAGUGACUUUCCAGAGACGCCAUAUAUGGAGAGCUUCUUAAUAAGCGUGUCAUGGUCUACUAAAUCAAACGCCUUUCGGUAGUCUAUGAGUUUCAAGCCAGAUAUUAGUUCCUGAUCCAUAUUUCCAAUGAGAUAGUCAAUCAACUUUACUAGGGCAGUAUCGCACGGGUGAUAGGGACGGAAACCUGACUGGUUACUACUUAAUAGCUUUUGGCUGUUUAGGUAUUCAUAUAAGCAAACGUGUAUGUGUCAUUCAAUAACUUUGCAGACUUUCGCCUCUUUCCAGCGCGCAGGGAAUCGUCCAGUUUUAUACUUUGGUUGAUGAUCUUAGUCAACGAUGGAGCUAUGGCUGGGGCUGCAGCCCUUAAAAGGCGAGCACUUAUAUCGUCCAAACCUGUGGCUUUACACGUUUGUAGUUGAAGAAGAUAACCUUGCACAAAUUCUUGCAUGACGUUGGGUAUUUCAAAUUUAGUGCCACUCGGGAUUUUGCUAUCAACAAACCCUUUUAACUUUUCGAAAUCUGAGGUUGACAGCGUUCUCAUGUUGACAUUGCUAUUUCUGUAGGUGGCAGCAACGGAAACAAAAAACUCGUUAAAUGCAUUAGCUAUUUCACGUGGAUCUGUGAUGGUGGGUGUGUUACUUGCAUUGGCUCUUAGUUGCGAAGGUGACGGUUUACUUGUCUGCCCGAUAGCAAUUUUUAGAUGUCUCCAGAAUUCCUUUGCCGUUGAACUCUGUUCAAAUGACUUGUUGAAAUGAUUUCGUUUAGCUUCUGGGAUGGAUUGAAAAACGUUAUUUCGAGCUGAUAUAAAAGUUUCCCACGCAUCUGAGCCACAAUUACACUUUCGGGCUCUCUCUAGCAGCCUGUCGCGGUCUCUAAUGGCUGCGUAGAGUUCAGGCGUCAUCCAUUGUGGUUGGCUUUGUUUCUUUACACGCUUUCUAAUAAGAGGAGCAUGUAUAUCAGCGAUACUUAGGAAAGUCAGAUUCCAAUAAUCCACAGCGUCAUCAAGGUCAUCAAAGGUGUCCAGCACACUUUACGGGGCCUCAUCAAGGUCUUUUAGGAAGGCCUCCUCAUCCAGCUUCUUGCAGUCACGGUAGGAAAUAUAGACAUGGUUUUUAUCUGCUGCGCGAUCUUGUUUCUUUUUGUAUCUGCGCACAACGCACACUGGUAAAUAAUCUGAUAGUCCGAUGUUGCAUACCUUGGUCUUUGUGGUGCCCUGUGGCUGGUUAAUGUAAACGUGAUCCAAGCAAGCCUGGCUCUCUGGAGGAGUCACUUCAUUGAUGGUUUGAGUGAAACCAAGGCUGGUGAGGAACUUGAUUAGACGAUGCUUGUGGUUUUGCUGUUUGAGGAAGUUGAUGUUGAGAUCCCCCAGUAGUAGCACUUCUUUGUUGGUGAUGUACAUUUUUUCUAUGAGACCUUCUAGCUUAGCAUCCAUUUCAGCAGUUGAAUCAGGCACAAGAUAGACUCCGGCAAUAAUAAUUGGGCAGUUGGACUUGCACGGUAUCAUUUGAGUGCAAAGGAGCUCUGUGUCACUUGAUUCUAGAGUUGGUAAACGGGUAUGAGCCAUAGCGUGAGAUACGUACAUCAUUACUCCUCCCCUUUCCUUUCUAGUUCUAUCUUUCCGCUCAAUAUGAUAUCCAGGGAUCCCAUAUUCUUCGUUCGUGUGUGAGGAAUUCAGCCAUGUCUCGGUAAUAAUCAUCACAUCAAUCUCCGUACGAGGGUGUGUAAGGAUUUCUUUUAUUUGCUCGUAUUUAUCAUUAUUGAAGCUCCUCGCGUUCCAAUGACAUAUUCUUACACCAUUUUUGGACAGUGGAAUGCAUGGCAGAUGGACGUUAGUAGCGUGAUUUGUAGCUUGUGGACCUGGAUUAAGCUGGACGUCAUUUAAAUUCAGACCAGUAGUAGUGCAAUGGAGGCGUUUCUAAGUAAGUCUAAACAAACACGAGCCGGGGCAGUGAACGACGAUGGAGUAGACUUGUGUAGUCGUCUGAAGUGAAAUUGCGGUGUAUCAUUUAUAAUUAGGUCAUUUGAAGCUCGGAGUAACAUAGAGUUAUUGUCAUGACUGCCAUUUAUCCCUCAUAGCACCAAACACAGGAAUGUAAAAGUGAGGAGCUUCCAAUGCCAAAUCAUCAUUUAUCCCUCGCAGCACCAAACACAGGAAUGUCAAAGUUAGGAGCUUCCAACGACAAAUCAUCAUUUAUCCCUCGCAGCACCAAACACAGGAAUGUCAAAGUGAGGAGCUUCCAAUGCCAAAUCAUCGUUUAUCCCUCGCAGCACCAAACACAGGAAUGUCAAAGUGAGGAGCUUCCAAUGCCAAAUCAUCGUUUAUCCCUCGCAGCACCAAACACAGGAAUGUCAAAGUGAGGAGCUUCCAAUGCAAAAUCAUCAUUUAUCCCUCGCAGCACCAAACACAGGAAUGUCAAAGUGAGGAGCUUCCAAUGCAAAAUCAUCAUUUAUCCCUCGCAGCACCAAACACAGGAAUGUCAAAGUGAGGAGCUUCCAAUGCCAAACCAUCGUGAGCGCUCUCACUAAGAACAGCGCGUUCAGUCAGAAUUCAGCGGUCAGCUCGAGGAUGGAGUCGGUUGUCUGUUGUCCCUGACGAAUCUGUGUUUGUCCGCGCGAACUAACGAAGACAAGCCGAAAGCUGCGCAAGCCGCGAAAAACUACAACGUUCAACGGAGAAACUUUUAAAAGAACUUGUAAAACUUCUCAAAUCCUGAAUCGUGUAAGUCCAGCCGCUGGCUUCUUGAGCACGAUGACCUUAUUAAGAAAUCAACAACUUUUCAGAUUUGGCCGUCAAUGGAAAGCGCAAAAAUAAAGCUGAAUUUCAGGAGCCGGUUUGCGCGUGACUGACUGCCUUAUCUGAAGAGCGCGCCAGCAAACUAUAUGGGAGAUAUAGACGUAGUCAUCAAUCUGCUUUAAGACUUUGAUGUAAUUUCGUUUUAAAUGCUUUUUUGCCAUCAUCUUUUAGGGAAGCUGGUAGCUCAUUCCAUAGUCUUGCGCCAAGCCUGGAAAAUGAUUUGUAUUGGAGCUGGAGUUUUGCAUGUUUGAUAUAGAAAUUAUUAGAUGUCGAUGAUCUAGUGUUAUAUGAAUGAACUUUUUUAGUAUCUGUGAAAAGUUCGACAAUGUUGGUGCUAUACAAUUUCGAACAUCAUGCAUAAGGUUGCAUAUUUUUUUCGAAAUAAAGAAAAUUUAUUGGUAGAAUAUCUGCAUCAAGGAAGAGCGGGACUGCAUGGUCUCAUCGUUUAGCAAAGUAUAUGAAUCGCAGAGCUCGCUUUUGCAAUAAAAGAAUUUUAUUCGUAUGACAUUUGUCAGCCGAUCCCCAAACUGAUAUUGCGUAAGAUAUAUAUGGCUCAAUUAAGGACUUGUAUAUUUGUAAAAGUACAUUGCGUGGAAGAAAAUGUCUAAUUUUUUCGAUAAGUCCAACUGUUUUACUUAUUUUAGUUGUAAUUUGAUUUAUAUGAUUUUUAAAGGAGAGAUUCUCAUCAAGAAGCAUUCCGAGAUACUUGACAAAAUUCUUACACUCAAGGCUCGAUCUAGAUUUUUUAUCAUUAUCGAAUAUCUUUAUUUUUGGUUUAAAAGGAAGCAGUUUUUGGUAAGGGCGAAAUAUAACAUAAUUCGAUUUCUUAAUAUUUAAAGUCAGUUUGUUAGCUGUUAACCAUUCAUAUACAUUAUUAAGUUCAUUAUUUAUGACAGUCUCUAGAGAGUUUAAGUUUUUGUCGGCGUAUAAAAUGUUAGUGUCAUCGGCAAAGAGGAAAAAGCUGAAUUUAGUCGACGAGUACUGAAUAUCAUUGACGUAUAUCAAGAAGAGCAGUGGGCCCAAUAUAGACCUCUGGGGCACUCCACAGUCUACAUAAUUCUGUUCAGAAACAAAACCAUUCAGCUCUGUAGUCUGUCUUCGAUUUCUUAAGUAAGUUGCAAACCAGUUCGAUAUUAUUCCGCGAAAGCCAUAGUGUUGAAGUUUCUCCAAUAGAAUAUCAUAUUCAAUAGGAUACUAUCUUUGUUCGAGUAAGAAAGGAAUUUUCUAGCGAAUGGCCUCGUGCUCUCCAAUGUGUAACUUUUUUGACACCCAACCUUAUUGAAAAAUUGUUUUCAGGCGUAUUAUGGGUUCCUUAGACCUGGAAAUGUUUUGUUUGGCUUUGGGGAAAAAAGACUUAUAAAAAUAAAAUAACAAUGGGUGAGGAGUUUGCUAACCUGGUUCAAAAGCUUCGAACGUCUCUCUAUUUAGUGGCCAACGAGCCAUGUCUCAAGCUCGCUGGCCACUAAAUAGAGACACGUUCGAAGCUCAGGAACCCGGGUAGGAACUUGCCCGCAUCUCUGUCAAUGUGGCCUAAAAAUAGCAACUGAGUUGAAAUGGAUAUAUUAGCAUUAAUAGUCAAAUACUGUCCUUCUCGCGCACUUCGAUCUUCUUCAAAAAGUCAGAUCAAGGUGCCUACCACUUAAACAUCUAAUUAUGGUGACCGAGCCUUUUUUGUAUGCGCGCCUAAACUUUGGAAUUACAUUACUUGAUGUGCUUAUGAAGGUCAUUUAUGACUUUGAUGAAUCCUUGAGUAUCCGGGUUUGGUGAUGUUUUUAGUUUGCAUUUCUGAUGUUUUGGAGUUGGGUCUAUAUUUUACGGGAUUCCUGGGGCGCUGUGGUAAUGGAUGUGUUAAUCUAGUCACUCCUGGAGAUGUUUAUUUUAUUUCGUGAUAGAAGGUUUUUAGAACGCCUACCAUAAAUACACAAUCAUUCAUCUAAUUAGUUUAAAUCGUUUACCUAUAUCAUGAUUAUGUAUGUUUUAAUUUUUAUCCAGACAUCUUCCCCUUUGAAGGAUCAAACUGAUGGGCAAGAAAAAGAGGGAGCUAAUAACAAAGUUUUGUCAGUAUUUGUUGGAGGUAUUGUUUGGGGUACGUUAAUUUUUCAUUGCAAAUCCAAUAGAAUUUACGAAAAUAAAUUAUCAAGAUAAAAGACUGUUUAGCUUGUUUUACUUCGCGCAGCAGAUGUCACGUUAAUAAUCAAGGGUGUUGGGCUUGUGGCAGGAUGGAUGUGGGAAGAAUUUACAAUCUUCACGCAUUUUAUUUGCUAAUCCCAUGGCUGAUAGUAGCGUUUGGAAAUGCCAUAUUACGACUGGAGCAUAGCAAACUUGGUCAUUACGUCAGAUUUGUUGAUAAGCGACUAAACGAAUCAAUUAUAGCCACGCAUCACGUGAUGUGUCACAUAGACUGCGCUAUGCUCUGCACCAGUCAAGCUCGAUGCCUCUCGUUCAACCACGGAAUCGUACCAGAUGGCCAAGAUGUUUGUGAACUCUUGUCCUCCGAUGGGUACAGCCAUGGAGCGUUAAACAGACUGCAGGAGAACUCUUCCUUUUCCUUCUAUAGGGAAAACGAAGCCAUGGAAAGUCGGAGUUGCCUGGAUUAUCUAAAGCGAGGGAGAACAGAAGACGGAAUUUAUCUCAUCCAUACUCCAGGGGUGGGACAUCUGCACGAAGUCUUCUGUGACUUCUCUACUGAACCAGGGUGGGCGUGGACACUGCUCGUAUCCUUCGCACGGAAGCAUCGAAACAAGGACUCCUUUUGCACAGUGGGGUACACGCUAGACAGUCCAUCAAACGAAGAGACACCGAAUAUGGAAGACUUCAGAUUCUCAAAGCAACGCAUGACAGCUAUACGCGACCACUCGACGCACCUCCGAGCCACCACCAAUUACAAACCGGGGAGCGCCCUGUCGUAUAGAGACUACAUCCGCGGAAAGAUUUCCAACCUCGAUUUGACCAGUUUUACAGGAAGAAAUUAUUGUAAGAAGGUAGAUUUUAUCAGUAUUCGCGGUAUUGAGGGGCGCGAUAUUCUGGUUUCUUUCUGGCAAAAUCUAAGACAACCACUACACAUUGACCCGUAUUUUGCAACCUGCCCUUUUAAUGCAAAACAAGGAAGUCAGAAUAAUGAGAAUAACUUUGGCAAUUAUUGUCCUGAUGGAGAAAUGAGUACAGGGUUCAGUGGGUCUGCGACGGAGGAAAGUACCACCCAGUGGUGGUUUGGGGGCAAUGCUUAUCAUUAAAUUACCAUUUUGAAGCCCGUAACUAAGGGGGUGAUAGUGAGGGAGGGGGAAUGCUUAUCGUUAAAUGACCAUUUUGAAGCCCGUAACUAAGGGGGUGGUAGUGUGGGAGGGGAAUGCUUAUCAUUAAAUGGCCAUUGUUAAGCCCGUAACUAAGGGGGUGAUAGUGAGGGAGGGGGAAUGCGUAUCAUUAAAUGACCAUGUUGAAGCCCGUAACUAAGGGGGUGGUAGUGUGGGAGGGGAAAUGCUUAUAAUUAAAUAGCCAUUUUAAGGGCCGUAACUAAGGGGGUGGUAGUGUGGGAGGAGAAUGCUUAUCAUUAAAUGACCAUUUUAAAGCCCGUAACGAAGGGGGUGGUAAUGUGGGAGGGGAAUGUUAUCAUUAAAUAGCCAUUGUUAAGCCCGUAACUAAGGGGUGAUAGUGUGGGAGGGGGAAUGCUUAUCAUUAAAUAGCCAUUGUUAAGCCCGUAACUAAGGGGGUGGUAGUGGGGGAGAGGAAUGCUUAUCAUUAAAUAGCCAUUGUUAAGCCCGUAACUAAGGGGGUGGUAUUGAGGAAGAGGAAUGCUUAUCAUUAAAUGACCAUUUUGAAGCCCGCAACUAAGGGGGUGGUAGUGUGGGAGGGGAAAUGCUUAUAAUUAAAUAGCCAUUUUAAGGCCCGUAACUAAGGGGUUGGUAGUGUGGGGGAGGAAUGCUUAUCAUUAAAUAGCCAUUGUUAAGCCCGUAACUAAGGAGGUGGUAGUGAGAAAGAGGAAUGCUUAUCAUUAAAUGACCAUUUUGA